UCCAGGAUGGUGCUUCCGAACCGGCCCAGGCUUUUUUGGGCCAUUAUAAAUUCUCCCGAGCAGAGCCGCGGCUCGUUUUCCCUGUAAGAAGCGCGCAUUGUACUGCGUCGCGUUGCAUUGCAUUAAAACCAGGCGCAACGCGUGGCGGAUCUUUGGAGGACACAGAUUAACAUUGGAGACGUUGGCAAGACGUGCCCUGUGGUUACUAUGCAAUUGAAACAGAUCUCCAUAGUAUUGUUGAUUUUGCACUGGAUGGAGUACGCAAACAGUCAGCAUCACACCUCCAGGCACCGGCAGCACAAGCGAGGAAGUCCAGGAUGUCCGGGAGGCUGUCUAACCUGUUCACUUUACAAUGGCUGCCUGACGUGUCUGCCCAAGCUCUUCAUUCACCUGGAGAGGGAUGGCAUGAGGCAGAUUGGUGUGUGCCUGGCUUCCUGUCCUAAGGGGUUUUUUGGCACUCGCUCACCUGAAAAAAAUGACUGUUCAAAAUGUGGAUCAGAGUGUGACACCUGCUUUGAUAAAAAUUUCUGCACACGCUGCAGAGCAGGAUCAUAUCUACAUAAGGGGAAAUGCCAUGAAAGAUGCCCAGAGGAUCUAUUUCCCAAUGAUGUCAAGAGGGAAUGCGUCCCUCCCUGCCCAGCAAACUGUGUCUCCUGCCUAAACGGCGAAACCUGUUUAAGGUGUACAUCAGGACACUAUCUGCUAAAUGGCCAGUGCCACAGUAUCUGUCCUGAAGAGUUUGAGCCCAGCGAGCAAUCAAUGGAGUGUAUUUCUUCAGUGCACUGUGAGGUGGGAGAGUGGGGCGAGUGGGGACCGUGCUUGCGGAUAGGGAAAAGCUGCUUCGGAGAAGAAGGUCGCAGUCGGACCAUUCUGCAAACCCCCAGUUCACAGGGCAGAGACUGCCCCGCCACAUUGGAGAAAAGAGAGUGCUUUGUUAAGAAAAAGAGAUGUGGUAAGGGAGACAAAGCCUCACGUAAAGGAGAGAAGAAGAAUCGCAACAAUCGGAAGGAGAAAGCUACCACCGAGAGUCGCAAAGAGCGGAAAAAGGAGCGAGAGCGAGAAAGAGAAAUGGGAACCCGGGAGGACGACAACAGGAACAAAACAGAACAGCAUCGCAAGCGGUUCCAAAGAGAUCCAGAGAGCAGAGACCCUAUCAUAGUAUAAAGAGGAGCUGCACAGUGAUCCCAUCAAAUAACCCCAGCUGUUUCUCUCACCAUUCUGCCCCUUAACCCCCUACUUUCAGGGGUGCUGCUGCUACCUGUAUAAUUUAAAUGUAUACUGUCUAUGCACAAAAAAGGAGGCACUAAUCAGACAAGUGACUGGUUCAUUUCUGUCCUCUCUGCCCCACUUGCUCCGAAGGGCAUCUAUAACUCACUUAAUCACUAGUUGCAGAGGAGCGUGGCAAAGAAUAGGAACCAUUAAGUCUCCGGAGUGGAGCAGGACCUUAAGGAAACUGCAGCCUGAUGCCUGAUGUCAAAUAAGCAGCAGCCAUGUACAGCAGCUUUGUGAUUUGAAUGUAAAUUUGUGUGACAUUAUGUAGAGUUGCUGUUGUAUAAACGUCCUAUAUAUACUUUUUUUGGCGAGUAAAUUAAAAGUGUCGUAGAGGUUGCCUGUCAGAAUGGCUUGGACUGCAUGAUGGACUGGUAGAAACCCACCAGGUCAGAAGAGAGGCUGGCAUUUUACUGGAUCAAAAGGAAAUGGUUCUCCCUGCAAUGUAUUAUUAAUCUUUGUUCAGUGUCUGCAAACGAAGGAUACGUUUGCCUGUGUAUAGUAACAGUCUGAGCUUUAAUUAAGCCAUCUGACCAGAAACCAAAAACACCUGUAUGUUCAAUAAA